UCACGGAUAUGGACGGGGUACGAUGUGUGUGUGAGUCACAGGUCGUUCCUUGGAUUCUCCUCGAGCAAGAUCCGUUCGCGACGUGUGUUCUAAAAACUAAAGGGUGAAAGUUAAACCGAGAUUGAGGUUAAUCUACAUUGGCAGAGAGAAACGGACGCGAGUCGUACGAAACGAAACAUGCUACUCGAACUACAGGAACGUCAGGUUUGUUUAAACAUGUAGAAUUAAUGCAAAACAAAUGAAUAUCAAAGUAAUGUUUCUCGUUCGAAUGAUAAUUAUAUAUUUGGAGCUCGAGAUAAUUCCGCGCCCGCGCGAGAAUUCGACAUUUUGACAUCGUUUACGUAUAUUUCGGAAAAUUCCAGGCGUGUUUAACGGAUUGUUGCAUUUAUCGUUCAUCGAUUUGCUCUGCCGAUCAUCUCAAAGUUCGCCAAGAAUUUUGCCGGGAAUUUUGCGCGCCAAAACGAAUGGUCGGCGGUCUAGAUGCUAGCGUCCGAGUUGUCCAGUCAGGCAAUCGACCAAUCGCUGUCCACGAGAGAUCGUCGUCCCAGUAUUCGCCGCAGCGAUUGGCCAGUGCUCGGUGCUUUUGCAGGCUCUUUGAACAUUCGUUAGUUCGCGUCCCGCCGACGUUGAUCUCUUCGAAACCGCAGCAGAUCUCUCCUCCGAAAUUUCGAUUCCGAAUCCGGGCGUUUAAUCGCGGGACGAUGUUGUGUUGUCGUGGAUCGCAAAUUCCUGUGCCGUUCGCGAUUGCCUGGAGAUGAUUCGCACGCGCGCGCAGUUGUAUCGCGAGUGUAUCGCCGAGUGUCGCGAGCGUCGCGCGAAGUCGCCAUUAAUGCGCCGUUACAAAGAGUUAUCGAAGUCAUCGGAGAUUUCGGGAGACGAUCCGCUUCCGCGUCGCCGAGAUGCUAUUUGUUUUCCGAAAGCACAGCGAUCGUCGCCAGACGCUCACGCGGUCCACGGAAGCGGAUAGCACGGAAAAACGAGAUGCUCACCUGUCUGGAGAGCAGGGAGAUGCCUCGCAAUUAUGUGCGAUUUGCCAUGUCGCCUGCUCGGCUGCAAGCGCGAGAUCCUCGCGAUACAUCGUCAAAGAGAAGAUCAUCUGGUACAGACGCGAUACGUGCGCAAUUACCGGUCUAUUAACCGAACGUGUCGGCCAACUAUAUCUCGGCCGAAAUCAAAUUGCUGGGCUCUCGGAUGCAAAGUACAGCCGAUAGAUAACUGGAUUUUCCUUCGCCCAGGUGGACCGGCGAGGCGACACGAUUGUGAAGAGCUAGCAGAUUGCGUAAGCCGAUGGAUAUAUCAGGAGAUAGGAAUAGCCCCGCGUCCAUAACAUACGUACUGAAGGAGGAAUCGAUCGGAGAAUAAAAUUUCGCUUUCCAACGACUCACACAAGUCCAAUGGAUUAUUAUACUUUAAAUAUAUGACAAAUAUAUAAAAGCUUACUACGUCGUUGUGGAAUACUAAAAACGAGCCGAAAGUUUCCGUUAGUCCGUAUAUCUUGAUUCAGUACAAGUAACGGCAUGUUUGCAACAUUAGCGAAACGUUGACGAUUGAAACGCCGCAUAGAAGCGGCGCAUGCCCAAAGCGUAGCGUAUUUAUGCGACGGUUUAUGUAUUGUAGUCGUGUAAUGGGAUCCGCAGCUUCUUACUACGCGAAUGGAAGUGCGGAGCAGCGUGCUCCGGUUGUGUAAAUAAGCUAUGCUUACCGACGAGAUAGCCGACCGGGCGUAUGUAUCACCAAUCAUUUGCCUAGGCUAAUCAACGUGCGCCGCUCUUGUGACGUGGCUUAAAUUAGAGGACGGCGAGCUCGGAUCGCCGUGGCUUCGGGUUGCAUUUGAAUUGUGUACGAGUAAGCCCGGGUUAAUGGUUAAAUCCGACACGUGUAGCCGACACGUUCAUUUCAGGUAUGGACCUGCGAUAAAGUUUACCUCGCACACGCGAGGCCCUAUCUCUUACGGUAUCUCAUCAUAAAUAAUCGUUAUCGACUAAUUGAAAAGGGGACCCGAUCACGAUCGACGUCCCGCGUUAAUUCAACGAUGAUUCGCGCUACUCGCGAAGAUGCUCCGCUUCUGCUUCGACGCGUCGACGUAGUCAAUAAUAGAUUUGCGCUUUAUCUAAUCUGCCGAGGGUUAUCGAGAGAGACGAAUUCAAAAUCGAACGCAGCAGCGGCGAAUCCGCGAUCCGACGUUAAUGCCGCCGAAUCGCAUUAUGCCGGUGACGCACGCGGCUGCCCUUUAUUUACGGAACUAUUCGCGUGCGGGAGAGAGCUCCAUGGUAAUAUUUACUCUUUCCUCUAAAGGAAAGAGGAUUUCGACCGCGGACAACGCUGCCGCUGUUAUUCUCGAGAGCCGUCGAGUAGUGUUGUUGCUCGCACCCUCAUCCCUUCCUUAUCCGCCGUAUUUGGUCGAGAACACCCCGCCGAGGGAUGAAGCAGCGUGUGAUGAAUCUCCUUCGAGCCCGCAAGUUUACACCCGAUUACAACUUACGCACGCGUAACGACCGACUCGAUCGUACAAACGAUGGAUCUCAGACAAGGGAAUGUUGAUAAUUUUUUUUUAUUAUUAGAGAUUAUUCCAAAUUAAUUAGAGCAUCUAGAAUCCGCGUCGUUAGGACGAGAAGCACGUAGCUUUUACGCGAAACGUUGUUACGUGCUUCUCGGGAAAGGCACUCUGGAAAACUUUACAAACGUCGGUAUAUAUGUACAAUACGUAAAGUACUCGUAAUCUAAAAGAAACCGCAUCGCUCUCUAAGGACAGAUAAACCGCGCCUUUCGACCUUCCCAGGAUCUACGUUGGCUCUAAACUCUGCAUUACCGGUGAGCGUACGGCCUGGAUAUGAAAGUUUCAUAACCGAGGGCGCGUCGUGCAGCGGCGUACUUCCGUUCGCUUUAAUAAAAUAUUUUUAUUUGUCGUAAAAAUAGACGACUCCCGGACGCCAAGGCUCGCUAAUACCGUCGGCUCCGGAAAAAUCUGAAGUCGCGCGGGAUAAAACUUAUAUACAUCGUGGAAAAAGUUACCUUUUUGCAGGCGCGUCUCUCCCACAAUUACGAACGCGAGAGUCCUUGUUUUUUUUUUCUCCUAAUUCAGCGUUACGCGCGCUCAAACGAAUACCUGUGUCCAAAUACUCGCGUAGGCCUCCCGAGUACUCGUGCAAAUUCAAAUCGGUCGAACGGGAAGCGCCCGAUCGAUUGAUCGUGCGAUGUCAAGGGGCAAAUAAUUGAUUACGCGCACUUUCGCAACCGGGUCACGAUACACCGGGGACGGGACGCGAGAUUGGGUCGCUCUAACCCCCUUCCGGUUCCAUGAAAAACCAUCAAUGAUGGACCGCGGCGUGGGAUCGCAGCAUUGACGUCACGAUAACCUAGACAGAGAGGGGGAGAUCAACCGGCGAAUGCACACGAACGUUAAUCCUAAUCAUGCGUCUCCCGUGUCGCCACGACCGAGCAUAACGAGCGGGGCACGAUCUCAUCAGGACGGCAGUAUAGCAUCUCCGACGUCGUCGUUGGUAGCGUUAUGUUGUACCUAGCAUGAAGAUAGGUCGAGUUUACCCGCGGGCCGAACUAAUAAUGGAAAAGCCCGUCCGAGUUAGUAAGAUCAUUAAACUACCGCGAUACCUCCCCUUCCCCUCCUCCUUUUCUCUUUCCCUCCCCCCUUUCCUCCCUCGCGAUAUACUCGAGCGGAACUGAAGCCUAACUUAACGCGAACUCGUUCAACUACGCUUAACCUUUCAUGACACUUUGACCCCGAAUCGCGCGGUCGUGCGCGUUUACCUGGUAACAACGCGCCUCUGGACCACGGUCCAGUCUCUGCAGAGAGAGAAAGAGAGAGAGAGAGAGAGAGAGAGAGAGAGAGAGAGAGAGAGAGAGAACGAAUUAUCAGGCUCGCUGUUCGUUUGCUCGCGGCGAGCUUCGACGCGAACGUUCUCCGCCGCAAGCUCUCGCAGCUGCUCUUUUUUUCUUUGUCCGUUCCGUUUUACAGCAGCCGCGGCGUACCAUCGCGUACCCGGUUACUCCAACCGUGGAAAAUCGGAAAAGUGCAAUCAAGAGUUGUUGCCGUAGGUCGCAACGGAUCGGACGCAGGAUUUAAUCGCAGCUGUGAUCCGCGCCAGUAAUUACGGUUCAUUGACGGACGAACGACCGCCGUUUCGCUUUUACCUCGAUUUCCGAUCCGGAUCUCACGUAAUCCACGCUGUUUCACGGUUUUCUGGACCUAUUCGAGAGGAAUCACGCCGACAUGUCGCGCGCUUUCACAUACGUAUGUUGCAUCGAUCACACGCUCUUCUCUCUCUCUCUCUCUCUCUCUCUCUCUCUCUCUCUCUCUCUCUCUCUCUCUCUCCCCCGCCCUCCCUUAUUACUUUUGUUAGCUUCGUUUACGCAGAGUAAACUCAAGAAACUGCCGAAAGUUAUUUUUGGUAUGUUAACGACACAAUGAACGACGCUUUUAUAUACCUUACGCUCGCGGUAUUAUUAAAACUUGCUAACGUGGCACUAUUAAUAAUAAGCACGGCUGCGUACGAGAGCGCUGACUUGAGUUUCCUGAACAGCGAAGACUGGUUUUGUUUUAGAAUACCGGGUACUUAGCCAUCGUGAUGUAUAUGAGAUCGUCUUACAAACUCCGUAACGUUACAUGAUUAUAUCGAUCCAGCGGUACCUUACCUCACACCUACGGGAAAUUUUGGAUAUUGAGUACAAGAGCGGGAAUAUAAAGAAGCGUGUAUUAGAGAUGGCAUAUAUUGUCUGCCUUUCAUUAUCCGCUCUCUAAAUCGCAUUUGGUAAAGUUUAAAUCGACAUAUAUAUAUAUCAAAUUUUACGUAUGAAUUAUGCGAAUUAUUAUUUCCCCCGAUGUUGCUCCCUCCUUAUCUUCUUUCGUAUUAAUCGCUACUGUUCCGUAGAACAGAUUUAGAAAAUUCCAGAACAAGCGAGAAGUUCCCGUAGCGUGAAGUGGGGAUGUUAGACAAGAUGAUGCAACUUGUGACCGCCCACGGUGUAAAACAACGAAUGACCGUGAAUCUAUGACCGCCUACCUUACAAGGUAGGGGUAGCGGGUUACGUAGGGUCAGCGAAAAGGAUACUCACUUCUGUGCGAGAUCUCGUCUAGUACGGUCACGUAUUUAGUCUAAAGUCAGUGCGAUUAUUCGUGUAAUUGUCUUAGUAUAUACAUUUAUAUAACCUUCGAACGUUUAUCAUAAGACAAUUCACCAACUGUCAGGGUUAUCCCGCAGUUGCAGUGUAGCGAGUCUGACUCGCGUACCGGGGCCCCGCGUACCCGCGUAUAAUACGAAUUAUAAUACGAACGUUAUAACGAUACGAGUAGUCGAAGCAUUACUAACUCGUAUAAUCACUGAGGGGUUUUUAUGCCGUAAGGCUUUUCCCCUACGAGCAAUAAAGGUUUGUCCCUGAGCUCAAUCAACGUUUCAUUUAUUCAACCUCCCACCAAAAAAUCGAAAUAGCGGAACUUAUCCUUACCGGAAGGUUUCGACGAUACAGUUUUUGGUGCCUCCUGUGAGGUAUGAAUUUACACUCCGCGAGUGUUGUGCAUUAAGAAAAAUCGACGCAGCGGAGAGCCGUCGAUCAACCGAAAUUUCGACGCAGCGGAGAGCCGUCGAGCAACGAAAAGAUCGACGCGGCGGAGAGCCGUCGAUCGACCAGCAGCCACCUCAGUCGUCUCCAGUGCCACACCGCCCAGCUCCACGCCGACAACGAGGAUCUACUGCAUCCAAUAUAAGUAUCCGCCAAUAUAUUAUCACACUAACAUACGUAAAACACCACAUUUAAACGGUAAAUUCAUCAAUUUGCGUGCCGUUACAUUCUCCCACCUACAUAUGCUGAAUCGGAUUUCCUUAAGUAUUAAUCUCGAAAUCGUGCCGAGAAAUAGUGAUAAAUAACAUGCCAUUUUUCACCUAAUUCGCGGGAAGGAAAGUUUUCACGAAGGGUGCCUUGCAACGAGAGGAGGGAAAUAGGAAGCAGGUAGAAACACGUUCGAAACGCGACGUCACCAAUUGUCGCGACGGAAAUUUCCGCACAUUGAGGGAGAGUCAAACUUGUUUUCUUAGGCUCGAUACCUUGCAUUGUCUAUCCACUCGAUUACCGUGCAGAUCCGAAUUUGCAUUUCUUUUCUUUUUCGGAGAAAAUAAGAAUACGAUCGACGUACCCUCUGAGACAUCUGGUCGUCAUAAAUUAUCUUCCCGGCGACAGUCUGCCUCAACAAAAAAAAGGGUCAGACAGACACUCGACGAUUUGCCCGGUCGCCCCUUUGUCACGCGCUUUCCCCUUAUAAAAAUAAGGAGGAAUUUUUGCGGUGUUACCUUUCUCUCUCUUCUUGCGGGCUAUUGUUGCAUUUCGAGUGAAUUCCGAUCAAGUUAUUAACACGACGCCUGUUCAACAUGAAUCGCGUAAAACAAAUAAAUCAGAGUCGAACCGCGCUGAAGAUCCAAUUGACCACUAUCGAAAAUUUGAUCGCGGAAGAUAGAGUUAGUAAAGUCAAUUUAAGACUGCGGCUGAAGCGUGCUACGGACCUCUUUCACGCUUAUGAGGAGGCCCAUAAUGAGCUCGAAUUAUUGAAACCGGACGAAUACUCGAAUGAAUUAAUAGAAAUUCAAAAUCGAUAUUACGCGAUUGCAACGCAUUGCGAGGAGGAAGCGCCGGCGGCAACAUCGGCGGUAAACUUAAACGCGACUUCGAUUCCGGUCGACAAUAACACGCGUAGACUUAAGUUACCAGUCGCGGAGCUACCUAAAUUCGACGGCAGUCUGGAAAAAUGGUUAACAUUCAAAAACACUUUUAACACAAUGAUCGACGCACGCGAAGAUAUUACCGAUUUGCAAAAAUUUAUAUAUUUGAGAGAUUCGUUACAAGACGAGGCACUGAAGAAAAUCUCGAUUUUCAGCGUGAGCGAAAAAGGUUACCGGGACGCAUGGAAUUUGCUCGACAAAUCAUAUAACAAAAAACGAAUUUUGAGAGCGAGACAUCUCGAUGCCAUUCUCGCGUUGAUGCCGAGUGCGCGCAAGGACGACUCGCGUCGGCCGUCGGAUACGGCGUCAUCGAGCGAGACCACCGCUAAAGAAUUAAUGAAAUUAGUAGACGAUAUGCGACAACAUAUGAAUAUGCUCGAGUCAUUAGACGUAACUCUUGAUCCAUAUCUUCCGGUUCGCAUAAUGGAACGCGCAUUACCGUCCAGUAUUGUCACGGAAUGGGAAAGAACCCUCAAUUUCGAAGAUUCACCCAAAUUUGAUCAAAUAUGCGAGUUCAUAACGGGAGAAGCGUUUCGAAUGGCCGCGCGAGAAACGAGCCCAUCCUCAUCAAAUGUCGAACCGAACAAUAAAAGAUCGCAUUCCAAGAAAGAACCGGCUGCGGUUAAGAUACGCAAAAACGAUUCCGGCGCGCGCGCUUUCGUCACCAACGCGUCCACCAAAUGUCCGGCGUGCAAAAAGGACGAUCACCCGUUGUAUCGAUGUUCCGAAUUCACAAGGUUAUCAAUUCAGCGUAGGUGGGAUUUGAUAAGGCGCAGCAACAUUUGCAGAAAUUGUUUACGCAAACAUCCCGGCGACUGCCAACGAGUAAACUGCAAAUUCUGCAAAAAACCACAUAAUUCAUUGUUACAUAACCACGCAUAUAAGUCAAACACGAGGUCUUCCGAAACAACGCCGUCGGAAUCUCGAACGCUAGCAACUGCGGCUAAGUCGGAAUGACUAAGGUCAAUGACCUCGAACGCGAUCACUUGCAACCCCCUCUCUCAAUUAAUGAUGAGCGCUGUCGUUCGCGUUAAGGGGACUCGUGGUCAUUUCAUUCGAUGUCGCGCAUUAUUAGACACGUGCGCGACGGCCCACUUUGUAACGGAGAGCCUCGUUCGGACCCUGCGACUCCCUAUACGACCGUGCGCCAUUUCGAUCGGGGCAAUUAAUGAUUUAAAUACAGUUUCGAGCGGGUCGGUCGAAAUUUCAUUCCGUUCGUGGCAUAACGAAUUUAGUAAGACACUUUCUUUUUUGGUAGUACCGAAAAUCGCCGACAACAUACCGAGCAGUACGUUUCCGCGCAAAGUAAUCCAUAUACCCACAAAUAUUAAAUUAGCCGACCCGCAGUUUCACCUACCACGACCAGUAGAUAUGAUAAUAGGAUCCGGGGCUACCUUAUCAUUAUUAUCAAUAGGGCAGAUUAAUCUGUCGCGCGACAAUGGUGAUUUAUUAUUACAAAAGACUCAACUCGGAUGGGUCGUCGUCGGUGGACUAACAUCGAACGACGGAAGAAUCGUAGCCUCAUGUCAGCUAACGAAAUUGCAUGAACAAAUCGCAAAAUUCUGGUUAAUCGAGGAUACGACAUCGGAGCGACCGAAAAUUUCAGACGCGUCGGAAUGUGAACAACAUUUCAUACAGAAUACGACACGCGACGAGUCCGGCAGAUACGUUGUGCGAUUACCAUUCCGUCAUAAAGAGUACGAUUUCGGAAAUUCACGCUCAAUCGCAUUGCGUCGCUUCCACGGGUUACAAAAACGACUAGAAGCCAAUCCGAUACUCAAGCAGGAAUAUACGCGAGUAUUAGACGAAUAUGUUAGUCUCGGACAUAUGUCUUUAAUUCCGAAUGACUCUGGAAACGGAUAUUACCUUCCCCACCACGCGGUCGUGAAAACGACGAGCGCCACGACGAAGGUGAGAGUAGUUUUCGACGCGUCAGCCAAAACGGAUAGGGGCGCAUCUCUAAAUAGCUUUUUAAUGGUCGGUCCUACAGUACAAGAUAAACUAUUUGAACAUUUGUCGCGGUUUCGUACGCAUCGAUACGUAAUAACAGCCGACAUUGAAAAAAUGUAUCGGCAAAUUUGGAUACAUCCGGACGAUCGACAAUAUCAGAAAAUUUUCUGGAUACACAACAACAAAAUUACCACCUUCCAACUCAACACGGUCACGUUCGGAAUAUCCUCCGCUCCAUUCCUCGCUAUCCGGUCAAUUCAACAACUCGCGAUCGAUGAAAGAGAGACAUUUCCAGUCGCCGCGGAAAUCUUACGCCGAGAUCUAUACGUAGACGAUCUGUUAACGGGGGCCAACGACUUAGAAAUGCUCAAACGAAUACGCGACGAAAUUAUAUCGAUAUUGAGGCGCGGCGGUUUCAAUAUACGUCAGUGGGCAUCGAACCACCCACAAGCGCUGGAAGGCUUGAACGAACGAACAAUAGACGUAGAAUUUCUUACGAAGGAAGAUCCGAUCCUAAAAACUCUCGGAAUUUCGUGGAACGCGCGCCGCGACGAAUUUUUAUACAACGUCAAGCACAUUAAACCUAUCUCGCGGGUGUCUAAGCGGCAUAUACUAUCGGAAAUCGCUAAAAUAUUCGAUCCGUUAGGGCUGCUCGGGCCCAUCAUUCUCGCGUCAAAAAUGUUAAUGCAGGAAUGUUGGAAGGCGCAAAUCUCGUGGGAUGAAUCUGUACCCACCGUUUUGCAUUCGUCAUGGCUGUCAUUUACAGAACAGCUAAAUAUGAUCGACGGACUAACUAUUCCGCGUCAAUUAAUAAUUAAUAAUCCCAAAAGCGUGCAGGUACACGGUUUUUGCGACGCUAGCAAGAUAGGAUACGGCGCCUGCUUAUACGUACGGUCCUGCGACGAACAGGGCAACACCCUCGUGCGGUUAUGGUGCUCUAAGACACGCGUGGCCCCCCUUAAAGAAACAACAAUUCCGCGACUUGAAUUGUGCGGGGCCUUAACACUCGCAAGAUUGUUUAAGGAAGUGUCGAAUUCAUGGAAUUCGUGCCCGAACAAAAUUACUUUUUGGUGCGAUUCUAUGAUUGUACUUCAUUGGCUAAAGAAGGCCCCCGCGACACUUAAGGUAUUUGAAGCGAAUCGAGUGGGGGAAAUUCAAAAGAUAACAGACGGUCUCGAGUGGCGGCAUAUAAAAUCCGAACAUAAUCCGGCGGACGCGUUGUCGCGAAGUCAGUUCCCGCGGGAGUUCUUAAAAAAUGAAUCGUGGUUCGACGGCCCCGCGUGGCUAAGCCGGCCCGAAGAGAAUUGGCCAGAGUCAAUUGAAAUCCCCAUUAAAGAUCUGCCCGGGUUAAAAAAGGCCGUUUGUCUACUAUCCUCAAAACUCGAAACAAGAUACAUAUACGACGGAUUUUCCUCCUAUACGCGAUUAACUCGCGCCAUUGCGUAUGGCUUACGAAUGUUACCGUCAAACCGAAAUAAAGGCGCGCUUACGAUACAAGAGGUAUGCGAGGCGGAGGUCCGAAUACUAAAACUGAUACAGAAUGAACAAUUCGCGAAUGAGAUUACUAGAAUUUCAAAUUCACAAGACGUAAAGGGCUCAAAAUUAGCAUCGUUAAGUCCAAUACUAGAUCAAUCAGGUUUACUUCGCGUGGGUGGCAGGCUGCGAAAUGCCGCCAUUCCCAUUUCGCAAAAACACCCGAUAUUAUUACCGUCACAUCAUCACGUAACUGAUCUAAUUAUUAAAAACGUUCACGAAAAAAAUUAUCACGCCGGCAUCCAAACGACACUUUAUGCAGUACGUUAUCGCUUUUGGUUAUUAGACGGAAAGAAUCAGAUACGAAAGAUAGUGAGACAAUGCGUACGCUGCAUUAGAUUCCGCGCGUCACCUGUUGAGUAUAAAAUGGCCGACUUACCAAAAUCAAGAUUGAACGAAUCGAUCGCAUUUAAUCAUACGGGACUCGAUUUCUUCGGACCAAUGUUCGUAAAGGAGAAAAAGCAACGGAACAGAGGCCGAGUCAAAGUAUACGGAUGCGUUUUCAUUUGUAUGUCAUCAAAAGCCGUUCAUAUCGAGAUCGUUAGCGACCUGUCCACGGAAGCAUUUCUAGCGGCAUUAAAACGGUUCAUGGGACGUAGAGCCAUCCCAGCACACAUAUAUUCGGACAAUGGCACAAAUUUCAUAGGUGCUAAUAAUCAAUUACGCGAAUGGUACGCCCUAUAUGAAUCAGCCGAAUUUAAGACUCAAAUAAACGAAUUUGCGACUACAAACAAAAUUUCUUGGCACUUUAACCCUCCCCUCUCUCCCCAUUUCGGGGGCAUUUGGGAGGCUGCAGUCAAGUCAUUUAAGCAUCACUUCAAACGAGUGAUAGGAGACCGCUUAUUCACAUAUGAAGAACUCAAUACGCUAGCCAUUGAAAUCGAAGCCAUACUGAACUCACGGCCUUUGUGCCCUAUAUCUACCGACCCUAAUGACCCCCUGGCUUUAACGCCUGCACACCUUUUAGUGGGGCGACCGCUCACGAUGCUACCUGAAAAUAAUUACUUAUAUGUUCCAGAGAAUCGCCUUACUUCCUGGCGACUGAUAUCCAAGGCCCGACAAGACUUUUGGCGCAAAUGGCACGUCGAAUAUCUGACGGAAUUACAACGACGACAAAAAUGGACCAAGUCCAAUACCGAACUGAAACGUGACUCGAUUGUCAUAAUUAUCGACAAAAAUUUACCGUGCAUGCGGUGGCAGCUUGGGCGGAUUGUGGAGCUACAUCCUGGAGACGACGGGCUGGUCAGAGUAGCCAGCGUCAAGACUUCUCAAGGAAUCUUCAAGCGAAACACGAAAUUAUUGUGCCCUUUAACAACCGAUUCGUAGUUUAAGCGAACUUGUCCAUUGUUUUUUCUUACGACAGUUAUGUAAUAAUCGCAUUCGGAUAAGCGCCAACCCGAAGGACGUAUACAGUGACGUAUCGACAUUAUAUUAUGUAAUAAUACAUCAUUUUUCAUAUGUUGAUCGCUACCUCUCAACGGGGGGAGGAUGUUCCGUAGAACAGAUUUAGAAAAUUCCAGAACAAGCGAGAAGUUCCCGUAGCGUGAAGUGGGGAUGUUAGACAAGAUGAUGCAACUUGUGACCGCCCACGGUGUAAAACAACGAAUGACCGUGAAUCUAUGACCGCCUACCUUACAAGGUAGGGGUAGCGGGUUACGUAGGGUCAGCGAAAAGGAUACUCACUUCUGUGCGAGAUCUCGUCUAGUACGGUCACGUAUUUAGUCUAAAGUCAGUGCGAUUAUUCGUGUAAUUGUUUUAGUAUAUACAUUUAUAUAACCUUCGAACGUUUAUCAUAAGACAAUUCACCAACUGUCAGGGUUAUCCCGCAGUUGCAGUGUAGCGAGUCUGACUCGCGUACCGGGGCCCCGCGUACCCGCGUAUAAUACGAAUUAUAAUACGAACGUUAUAACGAUACGAGUAGUCGAAGCAUUACUAACUCGUAUAAUCACUGAGGGGUUUUUAUGCCGUAAGGCUUUUCCCCUACGAGCAAUAAAGGUUUGUCCCUGAGCUCAA